GAAAAGAUUAUCAAUACUAAGGUAAUAACAUCAAACAUCAAGCAGAAGAAAUAUGCAAAGAGCGUUGGCCAUGAUCGCGAUAGCAUUGAUAAUCAUGUUAUCAAUAUUUAUACAAACACAAGGAGAAGAUGAUCUUGCUCCUGCUCCUGCUCCAUCUCCGAAAUCAGAGCUCCCAUGUCUGCACGACGUGAAAGCAGUUCCGGAUUGUGUAAAAGCAGUGUUUCACUUCCGAUUCAAAGAGGUCACAAAGACGUGUUGUGAUAUCUUACUCACUCUUCCUGAUGAUUGUUUCUUGUAUCUGUUUCCUAUUCCUUAUAUCUACCAUGGUCUUCUUAAUACUGCUUGCAAACAUGCUUCAUAAAAUAUUUGCGAUAUUUUUCUUUCA